AUAAUCCCGUGUUGAUGCUGUUGCUUGCAUUUGCUCUAGAAGCCGCAUUUGGCAGAUGAUAAGAGUAGUUAUAGCUGACACUACAGGAGCUGAGUGAGCCUUUUAGAAAGAACAUCUGGAAAAGAGGAAUUCACCUACACCUUGCUGGAUCUAGGCAAGAUGCGUGAAAUUGUGCAUCUCCAGAUUGGUCAGUGCGGGAAUCAGAUCGGUUCAAAGUUCUGGGAAGUCAUCAGUGAUGAGCAUGGGAUUGACACCACGGGAAAUUAUCACGGUGAUUCACCAUUGCAGCAGGAAAGAAUUAAUGUGUAUUUCAAUGAAGCUUACUCUCAUAAGUACGUUCCUCGUGCAAUCCUGGUGGACUUGGAGCCUGGAACAAUGGACAGUGUGCGCUCGAGCAAAAUAGGUCCCCUCUUCCGGCCUGAUAACUACGUUCACGGAAAUUCAGGUGCUGGUAAUAAUUGGGCAAAGGGUCAUUAUACCGAAGGGGCCGAAUUGAUUGAAAAUGUGAUGGACAUCGUGAGGAAUGAAUCUGAAGGCUGUGACUGCCUCCAGGGGUUCCAGCUUGUCCAUUCUCUCGGAGGUGGGACAGGCUCUGGAAUGGGCACACUUCUGAUUAACAAGAUCAGAGAAGAAUAUCCCGAUAGGAUGAUGAAGACUUUCAGCGUAGUGCCUUCACCCAAAGUUUCGGACACUGUUGUUGAACCGUACAAUGCCAUCUUAUCGAUCCACCAGCUGAUAGAGAACACAGAUGCAACCUUCUGCAUUGACAAUGAAGCUCUGUAUGACAUCUGCUUCAGAACACUGAAGCUCCCCUCACCCACCUAUGGAGAUCUAAAUCACUUGGUGUCCCUCACCAUGAGUGGAGUCACGACCUCACUUCGCUUCCCUGGCCAACUCAAUGCAGAUUUGAGAAAGUUGGCAGUCAACAUGGUGCCUUUCCCCAGACUUCACUUCUUUAUGCCAGGUUUUGCUCCACUAACAGCUCGGGGCAGUCAACAAUACCGAGCUUUGUCAGUUCCAGAACUUACACAACAGAUGUUCGAUGCUCGGAAUAUGAUGGUAGCUUGUGACCCACAUUACGGGCGGUAUUUGACGGUGGCCUGCAUCUUCAGAGGCCACAUGUCGAUGAAGGAAGUGGAUGAACAGCUGUUGGCUGUGCAGACUAAAAAUAGCAGUCAAUUUGUGGAAUGGAUCCCCAACAAUGUUAAAGUGGCUGUUUGCGACAUUCCUCCUCGUGGGCUAAAAAUGUCUGCCACCUUCAUAGGCAAUAACACGGCCAUUCAGCAGCUCUUCAAUCGCCUCUCUGAUCAAUUCUCAGCCAUGUUCAAAAGAAAAGCAUUUCUCCACUGGUACACGGGUGAAGGGAUGGAUGAAAUGGAAUUUUCUGAGGCAGAAGGCAACACCAAUGACUUGGUUUCUGAAUACCAGCAGUAUCAGGAUGCGAAAGCUGAUACAGAAGAAUAUGAGGAAGUGGAGGAGGAAGUCAGGGAAGAAGAAAAAGAAACAGCUUAAAUGGAAUGGCAAUGACUGACCUUUGGUCUUUAAAAAUAACAACACUUUAUUAAUAUAAUAUGCCGAUUGUUACCACUUAAGGUUGCCAGACUCUCUCUAAAAA